AUGACUUCCACACCAUCGCAUGAUUUAUCAUUACUCAGCUGGAAUAUUUUAGCGCCUUGUUGGAUAUACAAAGAAUGGUAUCCAACUCCUGCUCUAUACGAUUUGGCUGACGACGAACAAGCCCGUUUAAAACUGAUUAUUGAUCAUAUUUCUUCACUUCGUCAUGAUAUUGUUAUGCUUCAAGAGGCACAAGAAGAUCGCUUAUUUCUAUUCAAAGAAAAACUAGGAGAUGAUUAUUUGUUUGAAUUCGCGCCCAACAAUCCGACACCGAGUCCGAAGGCGAAUGGACUGUUGACACUUGUCCGAAAGAACUACGCCUAUGCAUCUGAAAUCAAAAUUAUCAAUGGUAUUCUCGAUUUAGAACGCGGGGAUGCCAUUCAAAUUAUUGAAAUUCCUUCGAAAAAUCUUCACUUGCUAAAUCUUCAUAUCGAUUUCUUUCAUCGAGUAGUUCAAGCAAAAAUGAUCUACGAUCGAUGUAACACUCUACUCGGUACGACACAUUCGAUUGCUCUCAUGGCUGGCGAUUUGAAUGCUGAGGUGAAAGAUCACUAUGAAUUUGAAUGGGUCGGUUUCGAAAAUGUCUUUUCUGAGUCAUCGGAAUAUGCGCAUAUUCCAACAUAUUACGGUGAUCCAGAAUAUUGGGAAAACAUGAUGCUCGAUCAUAUUUUGUACGAUCCCGAUCGAUUAGAGCCUCUUGCACAUGGUAAAGCGUAUGCCACAGCCGAUCAUACACUCGAAGAUGCAUUUAAGCAAUUCGGUAGCGAUCAUAUUUAUGUCUGGGCAACUUUUCGUUUUCGACCGAACACAAUCAGUUGA